CAGUCAGUUACUGCCUCUUGCGGUUCGCCUCUUGCAUCAGCCCUUUUCCUCCCCCAUUCCUUUUCUUUCUCCUUCUCAUACCAAACCAACAACCCAUCACCAGACUCUCCACUCCAGCAACAACUCUUUCGCUUGCAAUCCGGACGUUCAACGGUCUUCACCCUCCCAUCAUUGAUACUUCUCCUUUCAUAUCAACCCGUUUCUCGAGACAAACGAGUUUAUGUCAACUAUCCAAAACCUCAGAACCUUUGACCCCUUCGCGGAGGCCGACGACGACACUGGGGAAGCGAAGCAAUCCCAGAAUUACAUCCACAUUCGUAUCCAGCAGCGCAAUGGUCGUAAGACUCUGACCACCGUCCAAGGCCUUCCGAAGAAAUUCGACCAGAAGAAGAUCCUCAAAGUCAUCAAGAAGAAAUUCGCCUGCAAUGGCACAAUCGUCACGGACAGUGAGAUGGGCGAGGUGAUCCAGCUUCAAGGUGAUCAGCGCAAAGAUGUUCAAGAAUUCUUGGUCGCCAAGGACGGCCUCGAGCUCGACGCAAAGACUAUCAAGGUCCAUGGUUUCUAAACGCCUCAGCCGGCAUCCUGUGCUAUCCUGCUCGGUCAUCGAGGACCGAUAGAAGUUGUCGACUGAGUCCCCGAUCAUGUUCCUUGAACGAUUACUUCUGGCCUGUUCGUCUUCGCUGGUCGAUGCAGUGGCCUCGUCACGAUAGCACUUUUGGGAUGCGAUAAGGUUAUGCGUUUGAUGAUACCCACGAUGGAUAUUUUGCCUUCGGACGGAAUGGGGUGGGAUCGGACUGUUGCGGCACGGGAUAGGAAUCAGCAACAUUCGGUGGUGACGAUGGUGCGAACAGCACUCGGCUGGGAAUAUGAGAGACAAGGAUUGGGCUGGUUUCUAUCGUUGAUCCCACCAGUCCAUGCACGGUAGCUUUGAAAUCACUUUCCACAUGUUGGAAACAACGUAUUUGACUUGCGGCUGCGUCAGUCGUUUCCACUGUUUCUCGUCGAGUUCCCAUUCUUCAUGACCUGCCGUUUUUACGCCACCGCGACACCUUUGGGUCAACCAACGCCUACGUGCAUGGACUAAGCCCUUUCCAUCUGGUUUCCAUGAAUGUACCAGCUGAAGCUGCCGGACUGGCUCUGCCGCCAAGAGUCUGGGGUAAUUUGAGG